GGGGGGGGGGGGGGCGGGGGGGGUUUUUUUUUUGUUUUUAUUUUUUUUUUUUUUUUUUUUUUAACUUUCUGGACGGAGAGCAACCAGGAGCCGGGUCGAGAAACUGGUGACAUCAUAAUUGUCCUCGACGAGAAAGAACACAAUGUCUUCACUCGAAAGGGAGCUGACCUCAAGAUUAAUAUGGAGAUUGAGCUGUCGGAGGCUCUCUGUGGACUGAAGAGAAUCAUAAGAACUCUGGACGACAGGCAACUGGUCAUCUCCACUCACGCUGGCGAUGUCAUUAAACAUGGCGAUGUGAAAGUGGUGCUAAAUGAAGGGAUGCCUCAUCACAAGAAUCCUUUCGACAAAGGUCGACUUAUCAUCAACUUUAAAGUGAGGUUUCCAGUGUCCCACUUCCUCCCCGAGCCCAAACUGGAGCAACUGUCCAAACUCCUCCCCCCUCCCUCGCAAGACCCUGAGAAGAUGGACACCGAACAAGACCCCGAGGACUAUCUGGAGGCUGAGUUGGAGGACAUUGACCCUGAGACUGAGAACCGGAGAAGAAGAAUGUCGGGGCAUGGCGGAGGUUACUCUGACAGAACCAGAAUACGUAUGGAAGGAGGAGGACCGGGAGUGAGCUGCCAGACACAAUGAUACUCACCGAGACGAGAGAAACACUCGGCAACAACUUACAAGUCUCCAUAAUCUGAUGUUGUUAUUAUUUAUGCUCGCACGGUGCACAGCUUCUUGGGUUUUGGCCUGUUUGCCUCAUAAUUAUACAUGCAUAAUACUGUUACAUGGAGCCAGAAAUCUGAUAUAUAGUAUGGUGGUUGAAAAUAAUAUAAACACAAACUUUUAAGGCUAUCGUAAUAGCUUCACAAACACAGCAAAAAGUGAAAAAAAGUUGGACAUGUUACUUAAUGGUCAACCCUCUUAGAAGACUUUGGGGUUGACCUGUACAUACAUAUAAUGCUGCCAGACAGGUUCUAGUAUCGUGUGCCAUGCUGUGUUACUCUUGUUCCACCACGUCCCCGGGGUGAAGUUCUAGUGGCCAGUUUGUUGGUGACGUUGAUGACUAAGUUGAAUAUGGGCAGCGGUGGUAACCUGUGGAAGAAGAGUUCAUUGUUAGCUCUAUUGCCCCCGUGCAGUAUGAUUGCAUGAAUCAGGCCAUCAAGGGGCACAAGGUGGUUG